AUCAUUAAUCAUUUCCAAUGUCUUACACUGUUACUACAGUAACAACUCAAGGCUUCCCGCUUCAUACAGGCCAGCAUCUCCCAGGAUGCAGUGCACAGCAGCUUCCAGCAUGCUCAGUAAUGCUGAGUGGACAGCACUAUCCUCUUUGUUGCCUUCAGCCUCCAUUGAUACAGGCGUGCACAGUACAACAGCUGCCAAUGUCUUACCAUACCUAUGCUCCAGUGCUGUCCAGCGAGCACUUCAUUAUUCAUCCCCCACCCCCAGUACCUCCACAUCACCAUCAGCCUACACAUAUCGCACCCCUCAGCCAUUUUGUACCUGUCCAGCCACAGCACCCUCGAAUGCCCUUACAAAGGAUAGAAAAUGAAGCAGAGAUGAGAGGGGAGCAGCACUCUCUUGGAGGAUUCAGUUAUCCAACUACACAUCACCCCCCAACCUUGCCUCCUUCUGUACCACUGCAGUACCUUCCACAUGACCACUUGCAUCAAGAACUACCAUUUGGAGUGCCAUAUCCUCAUGUAAUGCCACGACGAAUGAACACACAGCGAUAUCGCCUGCAGCAGACAUUAGCACCUCCUCCACCACCACCUCCUUACUACACCAACAUUCUGCCAUACUUUCUUUCAAUGCUUCCAAUGCCACCAGCCACAGUGGGGCCAACAAUCAGCUUGGAUCUUGAUGUAGAUGAUAUGGAGAUGGAAAAUUAUGAGGCAUUACUGAAUUUGGCAGAGAGACUAGGUGAGGCAAAACCACGAGGACUUACCAAGGCAGACAUAGAACAACUUCCAUCCUACCGUUUCAACCCUGAAAACCAUCAGUCAGAGCAAACGCUGUGCGUUGUGUGCUUUAGCGACUUUGAGUCAAGGCAGCUGCUGAGAGUCCUGCCCUGUAACCACGAGUUCCAUGCCAAAUGUGUUGACAAAUGGCUGAAGGCAAAUCGUACCUGUCCCAUCUGCCGAGCAGAUGCUUCAGAGGUUCACAGAGAGGCAGAGUGACAUUGAUAGUAAAAGAGUCGAAUUAUUAAAAAUCGAGCAGCACAAUUAACUUGUGACAGAGGCCCUUGAUAAGGCGAUGUGGAAUGAAGCCACCUGCACCCAACCUGUCUGUGUCACUGCACCUACCUAUUUCUUCCCCCGGGACUGAAAUGUCAAAGUACUUUAAAAAAAAAAAAAAAAAAAAAAAAAAAACAGAAAGCAAUCUUGGAUUUUUUUCUGCUAUCCCAGUUACCUCGUCUUGUGCCGUGCAGCCAUGGUGAUGUUUACUGACUAGUUUGUACAUCUAGCAACUGAGUUCUCUGAGUGUGUUUUGCUACUACAGAGGACGAAUGAAGAUUUCACCCUUGUGUAUUCAAAACUCCAAAGAUUUCAAUAUUGCCGUGGAAGCUUUCAGUAAUCAUUUUGAAAGCUGUGUGAUUUUUUUUUUUCUUUUUAAUUUUUUUUUUCCUUGCAACAAGAUCAUUCCAAGUACUGGGACAGCUGACAAAGGGGGUGCUACAGUUUCAGUACUCAGGCAGCACAGUAAUGGGUGUAUAAAAUUAUCCUCUUGGCAGAAAUGAAACUGGACAUUACAGGCCAAUAGGAAUAAAUGGUCAAAUGUCAAAAGGUUGUACACAUGGGUUUGUGUUAUGCAUUUGUCAUGUGAAGGCCAAAGUGAUGAACUGCCCAAUUUUUUUUCUUUCUUUGAGAAGUGUUUUUUAAGUUGCACUCUAGUUCUUGUCAUACUUUUUGUCUAGACUUUCAAUUUUGUAUGGUCUCUAGAGAGAGGCAAGUAGAGGGAGUUUUCCAUUCUUUACUCACUUCACUUUGUUUGGGUGAUGGAAAUGGCUUUAUUUUAAGUUUUCAUCAGGUGUUCAGUGACCCCAAAAUGACCUUGAUAUUGUUUAAUCAUCCCUUCCCCUAUUCAGAAGAAUUAGAAGAAAUGUAGGAGGAGAGUGUUGUCCACCUUAGUGAGUCAGAAGCCUGGACAUGCAAGGAUAACAGGACUUUAUCCACCAUGGUACUGAAGCACAUAGCAUGUGAAUUGUAUCAUUUUUGAAAAUUUAAGAUCUGGGAAAAUUCUGCCUUUCUUUGUAAAUUUAGCAAACUGUGGAGACAUAGAAAAGGGUGGGGGUGAUUGUAUGAUGAAAUAUUAUUCAUCUCCUUUUCAGUCUGUUAACUGAUCUGGGUGCAGUGCAUAUGCAAUUUUGGGCUGGGGAGGUUAUUUUUGAACCUGUAUGGACCUGCCUUAAUCAAGGAUUUUAAAUACAAAAAAAUGUUCAGGAGAAAAACACUGCAGUUGAAUUCAGUGGAACCUCACCAUUCAGUAGGAAGAUGCAGUUAAGCGUGAGGAUCCGCAGUCCCAGGUUGUCUCUGUUCUGCAGGUUGUAGACUUAAGUGGUGAAAGGAUACUGUGUGAUAAUUUACAUAAUACUGGAUAGUGGGUCUUUGGACAGAGCCAUGUACUGACAUAGUGCCCACCCUAAUUAUGCUGAGAUGGGUAGUCUUGCACGUGUAUGCAGGAGUCAUUUGGUUUGGAGCUCAGAGGAACAGAAACCUUUUGUCUAUUCAAAGUAUUUUAAGCCAGAAAAAAAGAAUAGUUCUGAGAAGGUGAGAUGCAGUAUUUUUUCUGGAACUGUAAAUGACCGCCUAUGGUGUGGACUUAAUGAUGAUGACUCUGAAAGCUUUAGUAAGAUACGGGUUAUAUAUUUGUUUUAAGAGGUCAUUUCCCUUAUCCCGACCUGUGGAUGCUCCACCCCAUUAUGUAACCACUGUGUUGAGAAGGGGAGUGAAUUUCUUCUGUUCCUUAUUUGUGGUUAGAUGCACCCCCCCCCCAAAAAAAAAGUAGACCUAAAACUCUGUGAUUUCAUGUUUUUUCCAGCUUUCUAUUACAAUAUGGGACUGUUUAGUAGUAGUCAUUCCCCCCACUCUUCCAGCUUCUCAUGAUCAUCUCUUAAAUUGCAGUCAAAUUUGUAUUUGUACAGUUUUGGGGUCCUUGGAUUUCUUUUUAAUUUAUUGGUGUGUGCCAUUCUCUCUCUAACUUUGAUUUCCAAAGUUGCAGUUCUCCUUUGUGAAUAUUUUUUCCCACAUCAUUAAAUAAUGCCCUCAUGUGAGUAAAUCUGGUACUUGAAAGUCACCCCCCUUUCCUUUUUUUUAACCUAUAUGCAUGUCCUUGUCCUUUAAGAAAUGUGUCCUCCAGUUUGCUCGCUUUAUGAACUGUCUUCUUGGUUGCAUAGUGAAACCCUUUAAAUGGUGUUAAAGGGAAUCCUAAUGCAUGUGAGUAUUGCCCCAGAGCUGGUCAGUGCUGUGGGCAUAGCAUGUUUUCAGAAUUAGAAAGCAGUUUUUCUUAUAAGGUUUUGCACCUUAAGAUCUGCUUCUGCACCUCAUUAGAAAAUACUAGACAAUUCCAUAUCUUUGUUUCUUGGGCCUAACUAUUGGCUGGUUCUUUGUUUCUCAGCUAAUCUGCGAGUUGUUGGCAAAAAUGGUUUUCUAUUUGGAAAAAUGAGUUAACAGUGGACCCAACUCUGUCCUUUGGACUUUCUUGUUACUGGAAAACUGUAAAAGUGUACAGAAGUGAGAGGAUGAGCAUGGAUACAUAUGGUAAAUAAUAUAAAUUUAUUCUAAAUGACCUUUUCCAUUACAUUAUUUAGGUAUACAGCUCUACCAUCCACUAAAUGGAUGUUCAUGUAAUAGAAAUUCAUCUGUAUUGAGACUUCAGUAGAUGAUUAAAGUGCCACUUGCGCUAAGCUCCUGAGCAAAACUAUUUGGGUUACAGUCAGAUUGCAGAGAUAGUGGGUCAUGGGCCUUCAUUUUAUUAUCCACCCCAGACAGCAGAAGUAGCUAAUGUUCAUUACUUUGUGACAUGUUAAUUUCAUUUGGAAUAUUGAGCUGCAUAGUGUACAGUCACUCAUUCUUUUGCCAUUCCUUCUGCAGAUGUAGCAUACUAGCAUGCACUUUUUCUCAUCGAUAUCCUGCUAUAUAGGUGCAGAGGCUUGUUGAUACUGCUAUUUCUUUUUUGUAGUAGUGCAGUUGCUAAAUUGUGUAUGUAUGCAGUAGAUAUUGACUGAAAUAGCUGUUGCAGUAUUCCUGACAUGAGUUGCUACCGCUGACAUCCGGGCGGGGUACCAAAGCUUUACCUUCCCAAGCUCCUACAUCCAAUGCACAGUUUGUAAGUGUAGGGGGUAUGUAGGUGAAUGUACAAAAGUGUACCUCAGAGUGUCUUGCUGCAGCCCAAAAGCAGGUCAUGCAUCCAUUAGACUGAACAAGGUUUGCUUGGUACCAUUGCUUCACUCUGUCUUUUAGUCAGAUAAAUGCCCUGUUGGGGAAUCCUCCUUUGCCUUUUAUGCAUACACUUUUUUUUUUUCUUCAAUUUGAUUAGUUAGAUGUGAGCUGGGAGGUUAAGUGUGAGUGCAGUAGGCAGAUUCUGCAUAAGGACUUGUACACUUAAGUGCCUUUUUUCUCUAGACGCAGAACAUGAUCACAAGUCCUGUUCUAUUUGUUAGUCAUUCAUUCCCAAAACUCUUAGCUCAAAGCUUUCCUCUCUCAACACCUUUCUGGAAGCUCAGCAUCUUAAACAUAUGGCCCUUGACCAAGAUGGCAGAAUCCGCAUCCCCAGAUGUCCUUCCACCAAAGAAGAGGCUUAAGAGGCCCAGAACAGAUGCAUAGUCUAAUGUUUCGGACUCUGACAUACCCGCUAAGGUUUCAGAGUCCUCAGUACAUCAGGUUACCUCUCAGUUGUCCACUACAGAGACUCCUUCAGAGGUUAAUAUGGCUCCAAUGGCCUUGUAGAUUGUGGAUACAACCAAUGAACCUCAACUCAUCAUUUCCGAGGGCCCUCAAAGCAACCAUCAAAUAUUAGGGAGCUAUCCCAGGUACUUUAAUAGAGUUAAGUCAAGGCUCCAAACCUCCGCGUCUCAUCCAGGUGGAUGUCAUGUCAAAAAAGAAACUACAAAAUAGUAGGCAUGUAGCCUCCCCCUCAGCAGCUAGGGAAAAGGAGUGGAUAGAUUUCUCCCAGGGUUUGUUUAAAGCUAUCAUGACUGAGAGACCUCCUUCCUUUGUGUCUCCACAACCACAAGCUGCACCUCAAAAACCCACAAUGGCAUCUUCUGUAGAUGAAGUACAGGAUUAUAGCUCAAGCGACCCUUUAGACUACUCUUCUGAGUUACACUGUCCUGGAGAAAUCUCUUUGGAUGAAGUGGAUUCCCUAUCUCCAGAUUCCCCUGUUAAGGAAGCUUACUUUGGAGAAAAUAUCCAAAACAAUAUGAAACAUUUUGAAUGACAAUCCACUCAGAUUUUUGAUGUGUGGAAGAGGUACUUCAGCAUCUUAGAAAUGGGCAUUCCUGCCCCUUCCCCAAUCCCUCCUAUAUGUGAGGCUUUCCAGGAUGGCUUCCAGUCCACUUCUUCAGCACCUGAUUCUCAACCACCAGCUCCUAAAAGACUGGACAUAUUUUAUACGGUGCCUGAUGACAUGAAGUACUUGUACAAGAAUCCUGUGGCAGACCCUUCUGCAGUGUCUCUUGCUUCAGGUAAGUCCUAUAAGCUCCUGCCUAGUGUUAAUGCUCUGCCUACAGACAAGAAUAGUAGGGCUUGUAGAUAAAUGGGUGAAAAAAAGGUAUACACCUCUUCUACCCUAGCUUUUAGGGCAAUUAAUUAUCAGACUCAAAUGACCAAAUAUUUGAUUUCUGUGCUUCAUUCUUUGAACAAGGUUAUGGCAGGUCCUCACUGCAGAAUAAAAGCAACCAAUGCAGAAUCUAGUUUCUCAGGUCACUCAGAUAGCUGGACACAGCAUUAAGUGCCCUUACCAUGCAGUGGAUGCUUCUUCUAAGACAGAACCUGAUGGGUCUGUUGUUUAUAGAUAUGCAUGGCUUCAUAGCCAGCCUGUUCUGAGGAUUUCAAGUCAAAACUUUGAGACUCCUCCUUGGACAAAGAUCUGUUUGAUCCUCAGACUGCCAGUCUAUUUAAAAUUAUCCAAGACCAAGAGGACUGUGAAAGACUGCAGGCAUAUUCUGUUGUCCUCAGUUGUUGUAUACCAUCUAAAUAUGUAUCCUCCCUCAGAAGGGACACUAGGACAACUCAAAAAAGAAGAAAACUCUUAGGCAAAGGUACUCUGACAAACCUUGUAGGGAACCUCCAUCUGCAAGGCCCCUCAUUGGAAAUAAUCUGCGACUACCUUCACAACACCCCCUCCCUUACCAAAACACUGUCACUCUCCCCAGCCCUGUGGGAAAAAAUUACUACAAACAAAUUAUUUCUGUCCAUCAAGGAUGGUUAUGCCAUUUCCUGAGAAAAUAUUUAUCCCUUGAAAGGCAUGCCGCGUCCUCACAACCUGUUUUCUCUACUCUCUGCCAUUAUUCAGGACCUCCUGAAUCAGGGCACAAUUGAACAAGUCCCAAAAUACUUUAUGGGGGAAGGCCUCUACUUUAGAAUGCUUCUGGGGCCAGGAAAGUGACAAUGAAGACCCAUCCUAGACCUUUCUCUUCUAAACACAUUCUUGAAAGUAACUUUCAAAAUGCUCUGUCUUCCCACUCUUUUGCCUUUCAUUCUUUUUCAGGUUUUUCUAGUAUCCCUAAACCUGAAGGAUCCCAUCCUGCGCAUACCUAUUCGUCCUUCUUGCAGGAAAUUCUUCACUUUAUUUUUCUCUGUCUUGUCAGACUUUCAAUUUACUGCUUUGCCUUUUGGUCUUUCCACAGUACCAAGGGUGUUCAGACUCUAGCACCAGUAGUGGCAUUCUGCCACACCUAGGGAAUUCAACAUUUUCCCUACCUGUAGGACCUGUUAGUAAAAGUUCUGUCCUCAGGAAUCCUUCACCAGCAUCUAGAUUUCACUGUCCAACUCCUGAUGAAUCUGAGAUUUACCAUCAACUACAAAAAAAUCCCACAUAGUUCCUACCCAGGACCUGGUUUUCCUGGGUUCCUCAGGAGAAAGUUCAGAAUCUUUCCAAAUUCUUCCUUAAUUUCUCCUUUGCAACACACUUCACAGCAAGGGAGUUCUUAAGGACUUUGGGUUUCAUGGCAGCCACCAUUGCUAUGCUUCCCAUAGCCAGACUUCACAUAAGGAAAAUCGUGUGCUAUCUGAAAUCUCUGUGGUCCCAACACUCCCACUCCUUGGAUACCCUGAUUCCCACCUGCUCUGUCAUCUCAAAGGAGCUAUUCUGACAGCAGGACUUCCCUUCUCACCCCCUAGUACUCUUCAAGAAAUUCACCCAAACACCUUGGAUGAGGCAUGGGAAGCAUAGACAGGGUCACACUGGGUAAAAGGCAGAUGGUAACCACAGUUCCUUGAAGGGACACAUCAGUCUGAAGGAAAUGGGGGCUCUUCUACAAGCACUGCUGACCUUCUUCCACUUAUGGAAACCUGGACCAGUUCUAAUGUACACCGACAAAGCCACAGUCAUAUGGUACAUAAAUAGGAAGGCACGGUCCUUACCAAUUGCGCAUGUUAGCACAGGAGGCAUGGCAACAGCCACUUAGAUGGACAUUAUCCUUACAGCUACAUACAUUCCCCUUACAGGACAAUAUGUUAAUGGAUUCCCCGAGUUACUUUUAGAAGCUUCCCAUGGAUGGAUUGUUAACAGACAGGUCAUCAAGGCAAUCUUCCAGUAGUGGGGUACACCACAGAUAGACCUCUUUGCAUCACCAACUAACCAUCAGCUUGCUCAGUUCUACACCAGGGCCCUUGUUCCUCAGCCUAGAGUACUUGGAAAUUCUUCUGUUUAUCCUCCACUACCUCUGCUUCCAAAAAUUAUUCUAAAAGCGCAAAAGGAAGCACCAAAGCUCCUUUUGCUGUCCCCUUAUGGCAGGGACAGCAUUAGUUUCUCCUGCUGUUUCACCUGACAAAGGGAAAUUAUAGGAAAAUACCUCUAUAGCCAGACCUUAUCACUCAACAAAAAGGAUUGCUUCUCCACCAAAAUCUUUCCUUACUCAGCCUAACUUUGUAAAUUAUAGGAUUCUAAUCCCUUAAAGGCACCUUUUAUCUGAGAUGGUUGUUUAAAUCCUCCAAGAACCCAUGGGACCCAGUACAAGAAAAUCUUAACACAGUCGUAUGAAAAAGAUUUUCUUAUUGGUGUUGCAAACACUUUCAGGACCCACUCUUAACAUAGGUCACUGCUGUCCUACACUAUCUUUGCAAACUACUUCAUUUAAGCUUGACUUACUCUUUUGUCAAAGCUCAGCUGCUGGCCAUCGAUUCCUGCCUACCUCCCAACCUCCUGCUUAUGGUCUCAGCAGAGAUCAAGCUUUUCCUAUGGGGAGUCCUGCAUCUUAACCUCCCAAGGAAACCCAUGUCUUCUCCUUAAAGGUAACAUUAAAUAAAAAUUGCUCAGUGUCCAUCAGGGGGCUUACACCCCCCCUGCAAAACCCCUCAAGACAACUUGGCACUGAAAACUGUAUAAGGCAGUGGGUGCAGAAGGCGGCAGCCCCUUUGCUGGAUGUGUGUGGCUGUCUUUCACUGACAUCUUCAGUAAUGCCCCUUAGAAUAAUAUUUUUUAUAUUUUAACCCUUUUUAAUGUUGAAAGUCUACAGAAUUAGCAUAUCAAAUAAUAAAAAUUGAACCGAACACAACUGACAAGCACCAUCAGGAUGUCAAUCAAGUCUGCACCUCUCACACCUGCGUGAGCUACAAUAUGAUGUGUACUAAAGUGUACAUUCACCCCUUUCACAAGGUAGUGGAUGCCAAGUCUGUCUUCAAAGCUAUUUGGUCCUCUGUACACAUCUUCACCAAACACUACAAAAUUGUUGCUUUCUCCAGGUCUAGGGCUGCUUUUGUAAGAUAUGUCUUAUCUGUACUGCUAGACAGCUCAUCAUCUCAUUAGCCGAACACCCUUCUCUCUCCCUCCUUCAGCUCUGGGAGCCAGCCAUACGUCAGGAAUACUGCAACAGUGAUUUCAGUCACAACUUAGUACCAUUGUGUAAAAACUUACCAUAACAGUAGAUGUCCUGCUGAUCACUGUUGCAGUAUUCCUUCCAACCUUCCUUCCCCUCCAUUCCUACUUACUUCAACAUUCUUAUCUACCUCUGCUUUAAGUUCUACUCUGCUGCAUGGAAAUGGGGGAAUUUACUUGGCUAUUCAAGCUACACCCCUCUUAGUUAACUGAGGUCAUGUGUCAGACGUGCAGCCUCUGGAAGGUAAAGCUUUGGUACCCUGGGCAGAUGUCAGCAGUGGCAACCAAUUUGUAAGGAAUACUGCAACAGUGAUCAUUAGGACAUCUACUGCCAUGGUAAGUUCUUACACAACUGUACUUUUUGUCUUCUUUUCCCAUUUCAUUAUAAAUAUAAAAUGUAAAUUGGGGAAAGGUGAGGUUUCCAGAUCUGGUUUUGGAAUGCUUCCCUGUGGUAGAUGGUGAUGUACCACUGUAUGGUGAUUUCUGCUUUUAUAAGUUUUAAAGGGGAAAGCAGGUCAAUUGUGUUACUCCAUUUCCAGGAUGUUACUGUAAGUGCUAACUAAAUACUAGUUUGGUGGCUUCCUCACGGCACCGUACCUCACCAUACUGUAUGACACUGAAGUUCUACUUUGCACACAGUAGGAAGGGCAUUCAACCCCACACAGGCUGACAUAGCACAAUACCUGCCAUGACUGAGAUUGCUUGUAUUUAAAAAAUAAGACUGCAGUUUUACAGGAAAGCACAUGGCUGGAAUACAUGGGUACCCGCAUGAAUGCUGCCAAAUAAGUGGCAUUCCCCUUUAUUAUGUUUAUGUAGAAAAUGAUAAUGGGGGAGGCAUAGUCUUUUUCUUCAUAUUCUGUACAAUCCCUGGAUCUUUGAACAUCUAUUUUACUUCAUGUUCCAGGCAGGCUGAUUUGUCUGAUUAUAUGAUGAAGUUGUUUUUAGUCUGUAGCAGAGUGUUCAUCUUGCUUAUUAGUUGACCGUGCAAUCCAAAAACUCUGCUUGCAUCCUGUGUUGAUUUUUAAUUCGUAUGUCGUGAUAAUUUAAUGCUUAACCUCCUUCGCUAAAGUCUUGAUGCCUUUUUGCAGUAGCUACCUUCCAGCCUUUUUCAAGGGUGUGUUGUAAGGAAAUGAAGCCUUUUAAAAAUCUGAAUUCUUUCACUUCUCAUCCCUUUGUAAACUUGUUUUGGAAUGCAGUAUCUCACAUGCACUGUGUAAACCAAGUCAUUUUCUUUUCUAAUAUUUGAAAGAAAUGCAUUUGAAAAGAACAUUUCUAAGCAAAUCCAGAAUGCUUUUACUUAACUGUCAGUACAGACAAGACUGAAAAAAAAUGGUAGAACAAAGCCAUCUGUGUGUAGCAUACUGAGGCGUUAUGGAUGCUCUGCAGCAUUGUUGAUUACAGAAAGAGUAAGCAGUCCAUAGCCUACUGAACUGUGAUACAGGUGAUGACAAGUGUGGAUUUGUUAUAGUUCUGACUACGUACUGACUGUGACCCCCACUUCCCCACACACACACUUAUCUUAGUAUCUUUGCAGCUGUAAAAAUAAAACAGAGAAGCAACAAUUUCCUUGCCAUGUCAAUGAAUUGCUGAAUCAAAGGUUCUCUUUAAUGGACUUUGUUUAAUGCCAGUUUUAAGUGUACAUGGCUUUUGUCUGAAUGUUGUUUUUUUUUAAAUUAGAUAAUGGUAUUUCAAUAAUAUAAUGAACUGGUUAUUUUGAGUAACCUUUUUCUUCAGCAUCAUUGCUUUUCUUUUCUGUCAAGCUGGUAUCAAAAAUUACUAGCAGUAGUUGUCAUGUAGUAGUGCUGGCACUUGUUAAAACAGUUGUCUAUCUUACUGUCAGACAUGCCUCUCAACUGUCCAGAUUUUUGGCUUAUAUCUUUGGUCUGUUCCUCUGUUUUCUGGCAAAUCACUGGGAUGAUCUAAGGACUGAAGUCACUAAAUAAUGACAUACAUUUGAGUUUCAGACUUCAAGUCCUUCAGAAAGUGUUAUGUUAAACACUGUUACUCUAGCAAUUUUCUAAGAGCAAUAUUUACAAUAUGUCUCUAUUUUUGGACCUUUGUUCCCCCAUUUUGUCAGGCUUUCUUUCUCUAAGAGGUUGAGAGGUAUGCUGUCAGAUGUACAUGAACUACUUUACAUGUUUCUGUGAUAUUAUCCAGUGUAUUUUGAGUAUAUAUAGCUUCAGAGAUUGCACAGUGUGAAAUUAGCUAUGGUCUGAAGAAUUGUUUGGCUUUUUUUUUUAAGAUCACCACCUUUGGAAGGAAAGCAAAUGUUGAAGGAAGGUGCUUAACUAAGAAUGUAUCUGUUUGUUGCCUCUGAGUUGAAAAAAAAUACUAAGAAUAACUGCCUAGUAACAGACGUUUUUUUAAGAUAAAAUGUAUGGCAAAGCUUGUGUUUGGUCACACAGAGUUCAACAUUUCAAAGUACAUAAUGUACACUUUCAUUCUAAUUAUUUGUGUGUGUGUAAGUAUGCGUAUCUAUAGAUCUAAGUAUUGAAACCCACAUGCACACACUUUUUUCCCAUUAGGAGAGGGGUGAGUACUGUCACAGUUUGCAUCCCUGCAGUUACUGUAUGUUGAGCUAACAAAGAAGCCUUUUUCAAAAGUUUUAGUUAUACUGGACUUGUAUUUCUUGCUUUAUAAUAUUAUUGUUUGUAAUUGCAGCUGCAUCAUAUAGAAUAUUUGAAGAGUGUUACUGCUUUUGACAGACUGAUGGACUGUUCUAGAUUUGUUUUUGUAUGUAUGCACUAUUAAUUUAAGAUGCCCAGUAAAAGUACUUGUUUUCUA